AUGACACCGUACAACUACACCCGUCAGCCCUACGUAGGCUCAAGGAGGAGACUUGUGCUUGCUUUUGAUGUUGGAACCACUUACAGCGGUGUUUCGUAUAGUAUCCUCGACCCAGGUCAAGUCCCAGAGAUCAAAGGUGUAACGCGAUUUCCGGCCCAUGAGCAAGUCAGCGGAGCCUCCAAGAUCCCAACUGUGAUAUACUAUGACCGUGCAGGCAAUGCUGUGGCCGUCGGUGCAGAAGCGCUCCGCGAAGGGGUGUACGAAAUGGCAGAAGAUGAGGGCUGGGAGAAGGCUGAAUGGUUCAAGAUGCACAUCAGGCCCAAGAACGAAACCUCCAGCCACAUUACCUCUCGAAUUCCCCCUCUCCCGCGAAACAAGACUGUUGUCCAAGUAGUUGCGGACUACCUCGUCUACCUCUUCCGUUGCGCCCGUGAUUACAUCCAGGUCACCCACGCUAAUGGAAGGGACCUAUGGGAAUCGGUUGAAAGGGAUAUUCAUUUCGUUAUCUCGCAUCCGAACGGUUGGGAGGGGUACCAGCAGACGCAGAUACGCGAGGCAGUAGUGUUGGCUGGGUUUAUACCCGAUACGAACGAGGGGCAUGCGAGGGUUUCCUUCGUUACUGAAGGCGAGGCAAGCCUGCACUUUUCAAUUAGAAACGGGCUGCCUAGCGGGGCAAUGCAGAAAGGAGAAGGCGUUGUUAUCGUCGAUGCUGGAGGUGGAACGAUUGAUAUCAGUACCUACAGUCGCCAGCUUCAAGAUAUAGUCAAGAAUGGUGAAAACUUUGAGGAGAUUGCUGCGCCUCAGUGCCACUUCUAUGGUUCGGUAUUCGUCAGUAUCAACGCGCGGCUAUACCUGGAAAAACUCCUCGAAGAAUCGGAUUUUCUCGACGACAUCGACCAUAUCGUCAGGUGCUUUGACAAAACGACCAAGGUCCGCUUCAGUGACGACAAGCAGGCACAAUAUGUCAAAUUCGGGUCUACCAGGGAUAAUGAUGAGGUUUGUGGGAUCCGGUUCGGGCAGUUGAAGAUCGCUGGCGACCAGGUUGCCACUUUCUUUGAGCCGUCUAUCCAGUGUAUUGUCGAUGUUGUCAAGGAUCAGCUGAAGACUGCUCACAAGGGUAUCUCUCAUGUUGUCCUCGUCGGAGGUUUCGCUGCAAGUGACUGGUUGUUCAAUCAAGUCCAGUCUCACCUGUCAAAAGACGGGCUGAACGUCAUUCGCCCUGAGAUCUACGUGUCGAAUGCUGACGUCCCUGGUUCUAGCAACAAGGCCGUUUCCGAUGGUGCCAUUUCGUACCAUCUCGAUCAUCUUGUCAAGACGCGUGUCUCUAAGAUGGCUUAUGGCACCUUCCGCUCCGUUGAAUACGACCCGCACGACCAGGAGCACGUUGCUCGCCGAAAAACCCAGUCAACGAUCAUGCCAUCUGGUCGUGAGGUGAUUCCUGACGCAUUCGCAAUCAUUCUUCCUAGGAACACACAAGUGUCAGAGAAGAAAGAGUUUAAGAGGUAUUUCUGGAAAGAGGCGGAUAGUCGAAGUGAACUACAGCUUUCGAAGGUUACCUCUGACGUAUGGUGCUAUCGAGGCGCUGAUGCAAAUCCUCGCUGGAAAGACGUAGACGCCGAGAACUAUAGGAAGCUCUUUACCAUAGAGCUGGAUCUCUCCCAUCUUCCAAUCAAGCCUACCGUCAAGCUGAACGGAAAGUCUGGGGAGUUCUACCACUUGGAAUACGGGUAUAUAAUUAACUUCAGCUCGGUGGAGAUGACCGCACAGUUGUCCUGGACCGAGGAUGUGGGUACCUCUAUUUCCAUUACUGUUAGUGGUACUGAUACAACUCUGCACUGGGAAUCAGGGUGUUGA